AUGGGAGCCAAACAGUCCAGGGCCAGCUCCAAAGACAAGGACCCCAACAGGCUGCUGGUGGGGCCAAGGCAGAAGUUCUCCUCCUGGGAUGACACCCUGCUCGUGGGGAAGGACCCACGGUCCCUGCUCAAGCGUGGCAUGCGGCACGUCAGCUUCAGCCUAGUCACUAAGGGAAUGACAGACAUCCCAGACUUUCUGUGGGGCUUGCUGGAAGUCCAGAAACUCAAUCUGUCCCACAACCAGCUGCGGGUCCUCCCUCCCGAGGUGGGCAGGCUGACCCAGAUUGUGGUGUUGAACCUGUGCGGGAAUCGUCUCAAGAGUCUCCCCAGAGAGAUCAGCCUCCUGCAGAGCCUCAAGGUCCUGUUUCUCAACAUGAACUGCCUGGUGGAGGUGCCGGCUGAGCUCAGCCUGUGCAGGAACCUGGAAGUGCUAAGCGUGUCACACAACUGCCUGUCCCAGCUCCCAGCCAGCUUUGCAGACCUCUCCAGACUACGGAAGCUCAACCUGAGCAACAACUAUUUCGCUCACAUCCCCAUCUGUGUGUUCUCCUUGAAGGAGCUGGAUUUCUUGCACGUGGGCUCCAAUCGCCUGGAGAACAUCGCCGAGAGCAUCCAGUGCCUGGGUAGCCUGCAGAUCUUCAUCGCGGAGAGCAACAACAUCCGCUCCUUCCCCAGGUCGCUCUGUCUCGUCACCAGCCUAGAGCUGCUGAACCUGAACAACAAUGACAUCCAGACCCUUCCGGAUGAACUCUACCUGCUGUGUAGACUAGGGAGGAUUGCAUGGAACCCCAUGGACAAAGGGCUACACAUUUCCCAUAAUCCUCUCUCCAAGCCCCUGCCGGAGCUGGUAGAGGGGGGUUUGGAGAUGCUCUACAGCUACUUGAAGGACAAAAAGCACAGCUGA